AUGCAAGCCGAAACCAAGAUACAUAAGUCGCAUGAAGAGGAAAUCAACCUUGGCUGGAAGAACACGAUACCACGCUGGAAAGCCGGCUCCGUUAUAAAAUGGGCUGUAGCGACUGAAUUCUUCGAGUCCGAUGAAGACGCAUCGUACGCAGAAGACAAGCUCUUGAAAGCCACCAACGCAUGGAACGACAUGGGGCUGGGUGUCAGCUUCAAGCUUGUCGACGAUGCCGACUCUGCCGUUUUUACCCUUCAAUACAAUGGUGACAAUGGCGGAACACUUGCUGAUGCAUUUUUCCCGAAUUCCAAAUCAUCCAAUCACCUCUACAUCUACAGCAGAGCAUUGGAGGAUGAUGCGAAGCAGUAUCUCGAAAAUGUCUUCCUGCAUGAAUUGGGACAUAUUUUGGGACUGCGCCAUGAGUUCCCCGCAGAGGAAGGCGACUUUGUACUUUUUGGAGGAGAUAAUAAAUCUUCCGUCAUGAAGUAUGACUGGCCGCCGCAGAUUUCAAACGAGGAUAUCAGAGAGGCGCAAGAGUUCUACGCUUGGACGGAAGCAGAGAUUAGUACUAGUGUCAACUCUUAUAGAAUUGUCGAUCAGGUCCCACGAGGGGGAAAUUAG